AUGAGAAUGUCAAAGACCAAGGUUGAGGAAGGGAAAUCAAAGGCAGUAUCGUUCGUGGAAGCAAAGGAAGAAAGUUCAAGCAUGGAGGCAAAGUUUGAUACUACGAUGAAUUUGUUCACUAACAAAUUCGACAGCCUAGAAAAAGAGAUGAAUAAUCUGAAAUAUGGUUACUCACAUGGUGGGGCAAGCCAUAACUCUGAAGAUUGGGAUGCAAUUAGGGUUCAUGAAGAGGCGAAUUAUUUGCAAAACAAUUACCAAAGAAAUAACCAACGUGGUUGGGGUCAAAACCGCAACCAAGAGAAUUUUACCAAUGCCAACCAGAAACUUUUCAGGAGACUUGAUAUCCUCAGAGCCAACCACGAACAAGGCCUUCGUAAUCACCAAGCGUCUAUAACUAGUUUGGAAAAGAAGUUGGAUAGCAUAAGUGAAACAUCAACAUACAAACCAACUGGCUCACUACCCAGCAAUACACAACCAAAUCCAAGACCCUCAAGCUCAAAUUCAAACUCAAACCAAACAUAUAAGCCCCCUCCCGCUAGAACCGAGCAUGUAAAUGCUAUUUCUACAACGGCUGGUAACAUUUACCAAACUAACAUUGAAAGUGAAGCUCCUACCGAUUCACCGAAACUUGUAUCCGAACCUGUAGAAGAUGACUUCACCGACGAUGAAAGUGUGGCAGAAGAGAUUGAAAUGGAGCCAAAACCAACAGAAAAGAGGCCAACUGUUUCCACUAAACCAGUUAAACCACCACUGAAGGCAUACAAACCAAAGAUUCCAUACCCACAACGCUUGAGAAAGGAGAGGAUUGCGGCAAGAUAUGGCAAAUUUUUUGAGAUGAUCAAAGCAAUUCGCAUCAAUGUGCCAUUAGUUGAUGUACUUGCAGGGAUGCCAAACGAUGCUAAGUUCAUCAAAGAAUUGUUGAACAACAAGGACAAGUUGGAGGAAGUGUCUGCAACAUUUUUGAAUGAAGAAUGCACAGCCAUUUUGCAAAAUCAGAUUCCACCAAAGCUUGACGAUCCAGGGAGUUUCAUAAUUACUUGUUCUUUUGGAAACAUAUUAACUUGUGAUGCGUUAGCGGAUUUAGGGGCUAGCAUAAACUUGAUGCCUGAUUCUUUAUAUGCUAAAUUGUCCUUAGGAGUAUUAAAACCCACGGGAAUGAGCAUUAGAUUAGCUGACUGCUCAUUUCAAUAUCCGUUAGGCAUAGCUGAAGAUAUGUUGAUAGAAGUUGGACAUUUCAUAUUUUCAGUUGAUUUUGUUAUACUUGAAAUGGACGAGGAUAGUAAAGUACCAUUAAUCUUAGGGAGACCUUUUCUAUACACCGCUGAUGCAAUAAUUCGUGUAAAAGAUAAGGAAUUAACCUUAGGUGUUGGAGAUGAUAGAAUGGCCUUUACUAUUGAUAAAGCAAUGAAACACUCAUAUUCUACUGAUGAUACAUGCUUUCGUGUUGAUGUGAUUGACGAAAAUGUGAAUGACUACACGCAGGAUUUACUAGAGUUCGUUGAUAACAUCUGGGGAGAAUUUGAAGAUGAAGAGGAUGGUGAUGUGAAACCUGAAGAAGCUGAAGAAAUAAUGAAGUUGAGCAUAGACUAA